AGAAGUGACUUUGGUAGGACCCUCUUACCGAAUUUUCGAAAGACGAUGCUGCGAGCAUCAUAUCGAUUCACUUUUGACCCAACUAAGACUGCUGGAGUACAAAGUUGAUCCAGGUGAUACACUGACGAUCGUUUGUCACGUUCGAGCAGUGAUACGUAAACAAACCUCCGUUAACACCUUGUCGAUUCCCACUUGCAAAAUGCAGCAUGACUUGGAAAGCAUUCUCAAGAAUGCACAGUUCACCGAUAUUACAUUGGCUUUCGAAGGACACACCAUUAAGGCGCAUAAAGCAAUUCUGGCCGCCCGCAGUCCUGUCUUUGCGGCAAUGUUCAGCACGGACAUGGAAGAAAGCCGGCAAAAUCAAGUGACAAUCACCGACAUGGAGUACGAAGUGGCACAACAGUUGCUGCAGUUCAUUUACACCGGCAAAACUGACAUUUCUCCAGGAACGGUUGACCAACUGCUGGUUGCUGCUGACAAGUAUGGCUUGAGCCGAUUGAAAGCGCAAUGCGAACAAACCAUUUUCAACACCCUCGCAAUUCCAACGGCCAUCAAGACGCUGAUCUUCGCUGAUAGGAUGAAUACUCAACAGCUCAAGUCACGCACGAUGAAGUUUAUCAAAACGAACAUGGACAAAGUGGUGGAAAGUGCAGACUGGAAAACUAUGGCCGUCGAGCAUCCGACACUGCUGGUCGAGGUGUGCCGUGCGCUGGCGCAUGCCUAAUUUACUCUGAUUUUUUGCAUGCCAAUAAAUUCAAAGCAGAAAAAAAUUCGGUUUCAUUUUUUUGUAUUGCCUACUUCUCUUCUAUUCGUUUUUUUCUAUUCCACCUGUCAGCCUUAUUUGCUGUUUAGAUUUGAUUCUGCGUUCCGUUUCGCAUUGUUCCAUUUCGGUUUUCUCCAUUCCAUGUCUUAAAUGACGUUUGAGCAAUUCAAG